AGGUCCCGGCUCAGGUCCCGGCUUACGUCCCAGCUUAGGUCCGGGCUCAGGUCCCAGCGCUCGGAGUCACAAGGCCCGUAGGCAGGGGCGCCCAGCCCGCGAGCCGCAUGGAGCCGCGCGCCGGGGAUGGCUGCUUCCUGGGAGAUGUGGGUUUCUGGGUGGAGCGUACCCCCGUGCACGAGGCAGCUCAGCGGGGUGAGAGCCUACAGCUUCAGCAGCUGAUUGCCAGUGGAGCAUGCGUUAACCAGGUCACUGUGGACUCCAUCACACCCCUUCAUGCAGCGAGUCUGCAGGGCCAGGCCCAGUGUGUGCAGCUGCUGCUGGCAGCUGGUGCCCAGGUGGACGCGCGCAACAUUGACGGCAGCACCCCUCUUUGUGAUGCCUGUGCCUCAGGCAGCAUCGAGUGUGUGAAGCUCUUGCUGUCCUAUGGGGCGAAAGUCAACCCUCCUUUGUACACGGCAUCCCCGCUACAUGAGGCCUGCAUGAGCGGGAGUUCUGAAUGCGUGAGGCUUCUUAUUGACGUUGGGGCCAACCUGGAAGCCCAUGAUUGUCAUUUCGGGACGCCUCUACAUGUUGCCUGUGCACGGGAACAUUUGGACUGUGUCAAAGUGUUGCUCAAUGCAGGGGCCAAUGUGAACGCAGCCAAACUUCACGAGACUGCACUUCAUCAUGCGGCCAAGGUAAAGAAUGUCGACCUCAUCGAGAUGCUCAUAGAGUUUGGAGGCAACAUCUACGCCCGGGACAACAGGGGCAAGAAGCCCUCGGACUACACAUGGAGCAGCAGCGCCCCGGCUAAGUGCUUUGAGUACUAUGAAAAGACACCCCUUACUCUCUCACAGCUCUGCAGGGUGAGCUUGAGGAAGGCCACUGGUGUCCGAGGGCUAGAGAAAGUUGCCAAGUUGAACAUCCCUCCCCGGCUCAUCGACUACCUUUCCUACAAUUGAUCUGCAGGCAAGGGGCUGGAAAGGCUGGUGACCAGCCCAGUUAUCACCUUGUUAUGCCUAGCCCUGGGCCUUAAAGAGUUCUGCCUGUUUCUCUGAAACACCAUCAUCAAUGUAGAUAGAUUGAUGCUCCUUUGUGUUCUUUUUGGUUGUCCUUUUUGAUGUCUUCUUCUGAACACCAGAGAAGAUCUCUGAUGCACCAGGAGGCUAGUCUCUGGCAUCCCAGCUGUGGAUGUAACCCUUGCUAGUCUUCUGGCACUUCUGCAGUCACUCUAGGAUGGGCUCAGUUCUCCAUGUUUCUCUUUUCACCGACCACCCUCGAAUAGAGACAGUUCAAGGUGCACAGGGAAUUCUGGGAACUCAGAACACUGAUGCUGAUUGUCUUUUAUCUGAGCACCAUGCCACAGAAGCAUCAGGUUCCAAGAACUUGACCCGGUGGACUGGGAUACCACUCUUAUGGCAUCUUGCCAUUUGGAUAGUUUUUCUGGGGCAGCAACUGGCACUUUCCAAGGUCUACCUGCAUCCAGGUGUAUAUCACUCAGGGGCUUUACAGAUCAGAGUGGGGAAGGCUCAGGCUUUGUACCCCCACAUCAAGCAGUGUUUUUUUUGGGAUGACUGUCUCCAGUAUUAGCACUCAAAGCUGUUAAAAAGUUUAUGUUGGGGCCUGGAGAGAUAGCUUGGGACUAGGGUUUAGUUCCUAGAACCCACAUAAGGCAGCUCACAAUGGCCUGUUGCUUCAGCUCCCGGGGAUCCGACACCCUCUUCUGGCCUCCUCAUGCACUCAGAUAUGUAUGUACAUACACAGACACACAGACAUACAGACACACACACAGACACACACAAAUAAAUAAAAUAAAAUCUUUUAGAAAGUUGGAGAACCUUUAGGAAAAAACCGAUAUAUGUAUAUAUAUGCAUUCGUUCAUAUAUAUAUGCUGUAACGAGAUUCGCAAUGAGCAAUGCAAACAAGAUAAACAGUAGCUAAUGUGAAACUUCAUGCAUAUGAGAAUGAGAUUCAUUGGCCAAGGCAGGAAAAGUGGUCAGGAUUCCUUCCUAUAGUAAUAAAAGCGAAUCCUGUACAUUGUGGGUGAAAUACUAAGUCUUGUGUUCAGACUGAAUUUUCCUGGUUGACAUUCUAGAUCUUAACAAUACUGAUAAUACCCCACAUACAAUAGAGAGAAAUAGAGAAUUUUUCAGUAGUCAUUCUAUACCGAGAAAAGCCACCUUCUUUCUGUCAGUCUUAGGCCCAAGUUCUGAGGAAAUCCAUGUUUUUGCAUGGAAUAGUAAUAGCAAUCAAUUUUAAAAAGGCACUGGAUUCUGCCUCUUUCAUCUUUGGAACAGACUCUUGCCUCUAGCAAUAAAACCCAGUAAUUGCUCAUCCGUUAUAUCUUUUGGUAUAGAAUAAGGUUCUCUUACCAUUAUUGUUCAAUAAAAGUGGUUGGAUGAAGUGUG